UCAAAAAGUAAACUUCGCUGUCAUGGAGAAACAGAGUAAGCAACAUGGCGCUGAAAACGGUGGACUUAACGCAACAGCCAGAUCGCGUCGAGUUCACCGGGUGUUCAGAAGACGAAAUCGGUUACGCCAAGACAUUCUGGCAGUCCUUGCAGCUUCUGCCGCCCAUGGAAUCGCGCCUAGUGUCAAGUGACAUAAAACAGCGGCUGCGGAAAGCACCACCAUCUCGCUCUCAAAGCAAUUACACAAGCAGGCAGACUGUCUCAGAAGACUCCAGUCUCCACUUUUUUUUUGCUCGAGCAAAGACAAUGGAACAGAUUGAAGAAAUGAGGAAAUAUGAUAAGUUUGCUUCAGCUCGUGCAGAAGAGAGAGCACUUCUUCACAAACAUCGGGUAGAGAGAAUGAAGAAGGAGGAAAUUUCAAGACCAUCCCAUCUUCUCAGCAGUACAAGCCAGGAAACAGCAGCAUCAGGGUCUUUAAGUAUCAUAGAUAAUGAAGAGGAUGAGUCCGAUCACAACUUUGAAGACAACUCCCUAGUGGUUGAGGAAGAGAUUAGAAAAUUUGAGAAAAUGAAAGGUGAAAAGGAUGAGGAUGAUUCAGACUGAUGGACUCUACUUGUGUGUGACAUUAUUUGUUGUGCUGCAUAACAGAAAAUUAAAAAGAGCAUUUCAAUGGUA